CUGGCGGUCUCGGGUCCCCUCUUCGCGGCGUGGCCUUUCGAGGGUGCAGAGGAUUCCGGGACGCCUCGCGUGCCGGCAAUGAUGGUUUCCUGAGUAUAUUGGUAUCAACCUGACAGAUCCUAUGUUCAGAGGAAUUUAUAGGGGGGUGCAGAAGCAUCAAGAUGACUUACAGGAUGUAAUACAGAGAGCUAUCCAGAUUGGUGUCAAAAAGUUUAUGAUCACAGGUGGAAGUCUACAAGACAGUAAAGAUGCUCUGCAGUUGGCACACACAAAUGACAUGUUUUUCAGUACAGUUGGGUGUCAUCCCACAAGAUGUGAUGAAUUUGAAAAGAAUAGCCCUGAUGGUUACUUGGCAGGAUUGCUGGACCUUGCUAGGAACAACAAGGACAAAGUAGUAGCAAUAGGGGAAUGUGGACUCGAUUUUGAUCGCCUGCAGUUUUGUCCCAAAGAUACUCAGCUCAAAUAUUUCGAAAAACAAUUUGAACUGUCAGAACAGACACAGUUACCAAUGUUUCUUCAUUGUCGAAACUCACAUGCCGACUUUUUGGACAUAAUGAGAAGAAAUAGAGACCGGUGUGUGGGUGGAGUGGUGCAUUCAUUUGAUGGGACGAAGGAAGCAGCGGCUGCUUUGAUUGACUUGGACCUUUACAUAGGAUUUAACGGUUGCUCACUGAAAACGGAAGCUAACUUGGAAGUUCUGAAGUCAAUACCUAGUGAAAAACUAAUGAUUGAAACAGAUGCGCCUUGGUGUGGAGUUAAAAGUACACAUGCUGGAUCAAAAUACAUAAAAACUUCAUUUCCUACCAAAAAGAAAUGGGAGAACGGGUGCUGUUUAAAAGACAGAAACGAGCCCUGCCACAUAAUCCAAAUAUUGGAAAUAAUGGCAGCAGUAAGAGAAGAAGAUCCACUGGAAUUAGCCAACACGCUAUAUAACAACACCAUUAAAGUAUUUUUUUCCUGACGCUUAUUUGUAGGUGUUUUCUUUUUCUGCUGUGGGAGUUCAUGGUAGACUGUGGUGUCAUUAAGGAGAUCUCUCCAAAGCGGUAACACUGUACGUUAUACCCUCACUCUGACCCAGAGUCAGAGCAGCACUGGCUAGGCCCUUGAUGUCCUGGUUGACCACAGUAACCUUUUUAUUGUGUGAUUUCACCAAAAGUCUGAAAGGACAGUGAUGUUUUUACCUAAAACUUGUACAGCACAUCCUGGUUUAUAUCAAAGCUUAGUUGAUAACAAGCCUAUUUCUCAAUUUUCAGUCCCUGACUCAUGACUUUUGAACCCCGCUCUAUUACAGCUUGGAUUUCAAGUUUCUCAGUUGCUUCUUGUAGGUUAUUGUUCCUUCAUUUAAAAAAGAAAAAUUAGUAGCCUUUCUAAUCCAAAUUAUUUUUUUAUAAGUUUUCUUU